AGUCUUUGUUACAAACAGCUUUAAAACUAUUCAUGCUACGGAGUUACGAUAUGAGAAUUCAGCGAUCCUUCAGUACAACGUCGGACAACAUAGGACGAACUGGCUGAGAUAUAUUUUCAGUUGUAGGAUGAGUGCAAACUUGACAAUACCUUACGACAUCUCCAGGACAUCGCCUGUUGUUGGCUGGUUGGAUUUAACAUUUUUUGGUCUCAUGCUGGGUUCGUCAACGUUAAUUGGCGUUUAUUUCGGUUUCUGGGGUAAGAAAGAAGACACCCCAAAAGAGUAUCUGCAUGGUGGGAAAGCAAUGGGCAUAAUUCCAGUAGCUGUAUCCCUUGUAUCCAGCACUAUAUCUGGGAUCACAGUGAUGGGCGUGCCAUCCGAGAUUUAUAUAUAUGGAGCCAUGUAUUGGUUAGUGUGCAUUUCAGCGAUCUUAGUUGGGAUAAUCAACAAUUACUUCUACCUGCCAGUGUUCUACGAAUUGCAGCUCACAUCUACGUACGAGUAUUUGCAGCUUCGUUUUAACAAGAGAAUUCGCAUCAUGGCUUCGGUGUUGUGUACCAUCUCUCUGCUACUGUACAUUCCUAUUGUUGUGUACGUCCCGGCCUUAGCAAUCAGUCAAGUAAGUGGCUUUAAUUUGCAUCACAUCACUCCGGUUAUCUCCGUUAUUUGUAUCUUCUACACCAUGCUGGGAGGGAUAAAGGCAGUAGUGUGGACUGACUUCUUGCAAGGUGUGGUCAUGGUGGUGUCGAGUAUUGCCGUCAUCAUCAUGGGCUUUGUCCAUGUUGGUGGAUUCAGUGCAGUGUGGGAGAGAAGUAGAGAUGGCGGCAGGUUACAAGUCUUCGAAUUUGAUCCUUCGCCUUUCCGGAGAUUGACAUUUUGGUCUGUCGUUCUCGGGAACACCGUAGCCUGGAUGGGCCUUGCAGUAAACCAAGCCAUGGUGCAGAAGUUCCUGACCUUGUCGUCACAAUCUAGGGCACGCAAAUCACUUAUUUUCUUCAUAGUCGGAUUAAUCACAUUCAAAUCUAUCAGCUGCUUCACUGGCCUUCUUAUGUUUUCCACGUACCACGACUGUGAUCCACUUAAAACGAAGGCCAUCUCUCGUCCUGAUCAGCUACUGACUUACUACGUGAUGGACGUAGCAAGUUACAUUCCAGGACUAGCCGGACUUUUCCUGGCAGGGAUUCUGAGCGCAGCUUUGAGCACCAUGUCAAGUAACCUCAACUCUCUCGGUGCGACUUUGUUCGAAGACUUCAUACGCCCUUGCAUGAAGAACAAGGUUGCAGACAACACAGCGAACAGUAUCAUUAAAAGUAUCGUCGUUAUAACAGGCGGCAUAUGUAUACUUACAGUGUUUGUUGUUGACAAGCUAGGUAGUAUUCUACAGCUCGCACUGAGUGUUGGAGGAGUCACAGGUGGAGCUUCGCUGGGACUGUUUUCUUUCGGAAUGUUUUAUCCUAGAGGAAAUUCUAAGGGUGCCUUAGCAGGAAGCAUUAGUAGUUUGAUCUUCAUGUCCUGGGUGGUGUUUGGAACUCAGACAGCUAUUGCUAAUGGCUCAAUGAAGCAGAAAGUCUUGCCCACAAAUGCGGACGGAUGUGGCUUUAAUGAAACGAUUCCAGAACUUCAGCAGAAUGAUACUGCAACAGAUGACGUUUUUAUCUUGUACCGGGUCUCCUUCAUGUACUACACUUUUAUUGGGAUGGCUGUGGUAUUUAUAGUCGGAGUAAUAGUUAGUCUGCUCACAGAACCACCAAACCUGCAAGAGAUGAACCCAGCUCUCUUUACUCCUAUCGUGAGGAACUACGUUGAGCGUAAGAUUCGGGGAUACGUCGUCAAGGAAUCCUCAGAAAUGGAAAGACUUAACAUAGAAACUCACAACUAGUAUAUUUUAAACUCAAGCGUGUUAAUGAUAAAAGACUUGUAAAAUUGAGAAAUAUAUUUCAUGCCUAUUAAAAACAAAGUGAUACUAUACGUAUCAUCAUCAGAAUAA